AGCUUUGCUCUGCAGUGGAGUCGUCCCAUUGUAAUUAUGACAGCAAUGCUCUUUACAUGGGUCUUCCUGCAAGCUAUCCUGCUUUGGGAUAUCGAAUGUAGCCCUAUUAAAAAAGGGUUUGCCGCACCGUAUAAAGGCGGGUAUUCUCAAGAUCCGUGGGGUGCCCAACCCAAACAGCAGCUGUACCCCAGCCAUGAAACCUCUGGCUCCAUGUCUGGACCCGGUGCACAGGGUUUGUCCUCGGGGGCGCUGCCUUCUCCUCCCCCUACAGGAUUCAACGGAGGCUAUUCUUCCCCAACAGGCUCAUCUCAAGGCUCCUGGGCAAUUCCUCCACGCAUGUUCGCUGGUGGGUCAAGAGCCGCUUCUGACAGUCACGCUGGCCCCAAGGGACAAAUGGCCGCCCCCCGACCCCCACCUGGACCAGAGUUCGUCCCAGGAGAGCUGCUGAACAUCGAGAGCACAAUGGAGGACGGACGCUAUGAGUCUGAGACCCAGGAACGCGGUGUACCCCCACCGCCAUCGUAUGGAGCUGCUGUAGGACAGGCGGAGGCCUUCCCCAGCCCUGCAGCCCUUAUGCCCCAGGCUUCAUUCGGGUAUUUCUACCCUUACGAUGCGCUGUUCAUCACUGGCCAGUAUCCUCCAGGAACCUACACCCAGUCCAGCAGUAGUGUUGAGCGUGGCAGAGAUGACUGGCAGGAAAACCGCUACAUCCGAUAUGACUACCCCGCCAAGGACCAGGAACCGCAGAUGCAGAGUUACUCACAAUACUCGGAUCAGAGCUACCAGCCGGCCGAGCCAGAAGGACCUGGAAAAGGCCAGGAUGUGGAGCAGCAGUUCCAGGCCUAUGAAGGUCAAUGGGUAGGCUGAGACCAACAGAUGUGGAGCCUGGCUGGGACAAUGGGAUUCCAUGUAGAGUUCAAGAACUUCUUUCUCCGUAGAUGCAAUGUCUUUCUGGUGGUGGAAACUUCAUGCAUUUGAUUGGAUGGUCAAUAAAGUUACAAA